AUGAUCUCCAUUGCACAAAUUCUCGUCUACAGUAUCGUUAUAUUCUGCUCAAUACUGGCUGAAUCGUCAUGUCCACCACGAUGGAAACACGAUCCGAAGGGCAAGAUGUGUUAUUAUGUUUCUCGGUUAAAAAUGACACAUCACGAUGCUCAUCUGUACUGUCAGAAAUUUGAGAUCGACAGAAUUUUUGCGGAAUCUCGGAAGCUGUAUUACGCCAGGGCGCGAUUCGACAUCAUCGACGGAGCGCAGGACUUUCUCUCCGGCCCAAAAUUGUUCGUUUCACGAGAAAUAUCGGGUCACGUCGAUUUCAAAGUCACCGGAUGGGGAAUGGCGUAG